GAACUUUUGUUGUGUUCAGCUGGGUAAUGAACCAAUGACCGAGUACAGCUACUCAAUAGAAAACCUCUCCGAGGAUACAUUUAUUUUCAACAGAUAGACUCGUUUUACCCGGUGGAAAUGUCUGAUGUUAGAUUAAGACGUAAUGAAAUAUGUUACGUGGCUUUACUUUUUUUCUUGAAUGUACCCACGGUGAUAGGUGUGUGGCCAAAGCCACAAAUUGUAGCCACAUCGAUGGAACGAUUUUCAUUGAAUCCAGGAGACUUUAAAUUUCAGUAUGCUAGUAAUUCAGCCGCCCAGUUGGGAUGUUCAUUGCUGGAUGCCGCCUUCAAGCGAUAUUACUCUCUAAUUUUUCCAGAUUACAAUGCAGGACCACGAGACAGGCACCAUCUUUUCGAAACAAAACCGUAUGUCCUUAAUAUCCAUGUAACCCAGGCAGGCUGUGAGAGUUACCCAAAUGCAGAGUCCUCGGAAAGUUAUAAGCUGAAUGUAUCUACAGACCAAGCAGAACUGAGGACAGAAACUGUGUGGGGGGCCCUAAGAGGCCUGGAAACAUUCAGCCAGCUGGUGUAUCAAGAUGACUUGGGUACAUACUUUGUGAACAAGACUGAAAUAGAGGAUUUCCCCAGGUUUCAAUUCCGUGGUAUUCUGUUGGACACAUCUCGUCACUAUUUACCAGUAGAGGCCAUCCUAAAGACCCUGGAUGCCAUGUCCUACAGUAAAUUCAAUGUGUUUCACUGGCACAUUGUUGAUGACCCUUCCUUCCCGUACCAGAGUCGUACCUUUCCUGACCUUAGCAACAAGGGGGCUUUCCACCCAAUGACUCAUGUAUACACACAGACGGAUGUGAGAAGGGUGAUCUCACAUGCCAGACUACGGGGAAUCAGAGUCUUGCCUGAGUUUGACUCACCAGGCCACACCCAGUCCUGGGGUAAAGGUCAGCCUGGUCUCCUGACCCCCUGCUACAGGGGGAUUACUCCCUCUGGAACAUUCGGUCCAGUCAACCCAGCCACAGGCUCCACCUAUAAGUUCAUGACACGUUUGUUUAAGGAAGUGGCCUCUGUCUUUCCUGAUUCUUACAUUCACCUAGGAGGGGAUGAGGUUGACUUCACCUGCUGGAAAUCCAACCCUGACGUCAGGCAGUUCAUGCAGAAAAUGGGUUUUGGAAAUGAUUUCACCAAACUAGAGUCCUUCUACAUGGAGAACAUCGUGAACAUCACUUCCAUGCUCAACAGGACAGCCAUCGUUUGGCAAGAUGUAUUUGACUAUCAUGAAAGAAUCCCUCAGGACACAGUUCUGCACAUCUGGAAGGGCACCCCUGCCCAGUACCGGGAGGAGCUGAGCAGGAUUACCAAGACUGGGCACAGGGUCCUGCUGGCUGCCCCCUGGUACCUUAACCACAUCAGCUAUGGCCAGGACUGGCACAGUGUCUACACCGUGCAGCCACUGAACUUCUCUGGGACGGAAGAGCAGAAGAAGCUGGUGAUUGGUGGAGAGGUCUGCAUGUGGGGGGAAUACGUAGACGCAACCAACCUCUCUCCACGCCUGUGGCCCCGGGCCAGUGCUGCAGCAGAGAGACUGUGGAGUGAUGAGAAGCAGACCUCUAGUGUCACUCUGGCCUUCUCUCGUCUGAAGGAGUUCCGCUGCUUGUUGUUACGGCGCGGUGUACAGGCCGAGCCUUUGUUUGUUGGCCACUGCAGGCACGAGUACCAGGGUGUGUGAGGAUCUGAGCCCCUGGAACAGGAGUGUUCACUGAAAAGUCUCAGGGAUCCAGUUGGAGCAAGGCUUCUACUGUCUGUAUAUCCUCAUUGUUUUAUUAAGUAAUGCUUUCUCAUUUUACAUAGUGAUGAUUUAGAUGCUGCGAAUUGCGAGUCAUGUACAGUAUCAUGUAGAC